AUGGACGCAUUAACAAAGAUGUUCUCGCUAGCUGGCAAAACGGCCGUGGUUACAGGUGGCACAAGAGGCAUUGGCGCUGCAAUGGCCCUGGCCCUGGCUGAAGCGGGAGCCGACAUCAUUUUGAUACAGAGAGAUGAAAGCAACACGAAGACCUACAACCAGAUCCAGGAACUUGGUCGAAAAGCCACAAUUGUCACAGCCGAUCUGGCAGACCAGUCGUCGGUGGAAACGCUGAUCCCAGGCCUAGUCAGGGCUGGCCACGACAUGCACAUUCUUCUCACUUGCGCCGGCAUCCAGAAACGGCAUCCAGCUCACCAAUUUCCCCUGGACGACUGGAACUCGGUCCUACAAGUCAACCUUACAACCGUCUUCACCCUGUGUCGCGACUUCGGAGCGUACUUGUUGUCUAAACCCGACCCGGCGCCGGGACAUUCCCGAGGCAGUAUCAUCAACGUCGCUUCUCUUCUUACAUUCCAGGGUGGAAUUACUGUGCCUGCGUAUGCGGCUUCCAAGGGCGGCGUGGGCCAGUUGACGAAAGCGCUGAGCAACGAAUGGGCCGGCAAGGGGAUUCAGGUCAAUGCCAUCGCGCCGGGAUAUAUCGACACGGAUAUGAAUGAGGCGUUGAUCGCGAACGAGACCAGAGCCAGGCAGAUCUUGGAGAGGAUUCCGGCUGGACGCUGGGGGAAGCCCGAGGAUUUCAAGGGCGCAGUGGUGUUCCUUGCGAGUAAUGCUAGUAUGUAUGUGAGUGGGGAGGUGUUGACGAUUGAUGGAGGAUGGAUGGGACGGUAG